AUGGAACUAGAAAGGGAGAUUGAACAUUUCAGCCAUGUCCAUCCACUGGUGUUUGAGAGAUCGUUGGAGUAUGAAGAAGAUGAGACAUUUACGUGCAAUGGGUGUUGUCAACGAGCCUUAGACCAUGCCUAUCGAUGUCGGCCAUGUGACUACUUACUUCACGAAAGAUGUGCAAAACUUCCCACGGAAAUUGAAGUCCCUAAACACCCCCAACACCUUCUAACCCUCAAUGCUUUUCUUUCUGGUGCUAGUGUUAUUAGUAAAAGUAAAAAUAUGCUGGCCUAUUUUUGUCGGCCUUGCACUACAGCAUCUGCAUUUUAUGUUUCUUACAGGAAGAGAUAUUUUGCCCAUGUACGUUGUGCAAUUUCUCCUAAAGACCAUGCCCCCGACUUCGAACCUUCGCCCUUUCUGAAAGAACCUACCCAAUUUGGCCUAAAGACCAUGACCCCUGACAAUUUGGACGCCAACAUUGAAGAAUUUUUUGGUAGUCGGAUGCAAUUGCCAGUGGAAAAAAAUUCUGAAGAUCCGUCGACAGUAUAUAUUGGAAGUAUUAGGCUUGAGGAGAUCGAGACAGAUCCGGAGAUCCACCCUUGGAUCCUUGAGUAG